AUGUUGGCAUCAGCUGGCUUGCUCCAGACCAGUCUUAUUUGGGUGGCCUACGCCGUCGCGGUCGCCUUGGUGCUCCUCGUCGCCAUUAUCACAACAUUCACCUGGCAAUCCCCGCAUGAGCGAUCUGUUACCGUGAGCAUCGUCGCGAUUGUCAGUCUCACCUCGCUUCUAGCAACCGUCUUCCUCCUGCCCGUUGACAUUGCCCUUGUCUCGUCCACAGCCUCAGCACACCUCGGUGCUAAAAAGGACUGGGCAACGCCCGAGAGAAUCGAUGGAAUACUCUUGACCUUGAAGGUCGUUUACUACACCCUCUACAGCUUCGAUGCGUUGCUAUGUCUGAUCGUCAUCCCAUUCGCCUAUUUCUGGUACGAGGAAUAUGAUGAGGUUGAAGAGGAGGAGGGAACCAGUGGUGCUGGCGCCCGGUUCUGGAAGGCGGCGAAGUAUACGCUUGGAUUCGUGUUUUUGGUCUUGAUUCUGUUCCUCCUCGGUUUCUUCGUCCCCGCUGCGGGUAGUGGGAACGGCAAGCACCUUGAUCUGGACUACUUCAAGCGUCUGCUCGCUGCCAACAAAGGAGAGAAGGCUUUGACAUUCGGGGUCGGCCUGCUCAUCACGUUGGGCACGUUUCUCUACACUCUCUAUACCGGUGCUGGACUGGCUCUUCUUCCGGUCUCUCUUAUCAAGUCUGCCCCGUCCAUCUCCGCUCCUCAGCUUUCCGCGACGAUCGCGACCGACUUGGAACAUAACCGAGAGCUCCAGAGACAAAUCGAAAUGCGCAAUGCUGGCCGUCCGGAUGGCAUUUCUCAGAAGGACAGGAGGGAGCUGGACGCCUUGCUACGUGAGGAGCGCACUCUCGUGAGAAGGGAAAGACUUGCGGCCGAAACCCGUGGUGACGGCCGAAGUGGUGUCUUCCGCGCCUGGACCAAGAUUCAAGCUGUCUUCCGUCCUCUCAAGCUCCUGGGCGGUAUCUUGCUACUGCUGCUCUCGAUCUUGGUCUGGGCCUCCAUGCUCAUCACUGGCAUCGACAAGGCGGCCAACUCUAUCUGCAAAGAACACUGUGGCUACAUCCUCGGUCACAUCAACGUCUUCCAGCCGGUCAACUGGAUCUUUGUGCAGUCUGCCAAGGCUUUCCCCGUUGACUACAUCCUGAUGGCUCUGUUGGUUUUGUUUUUCUUCGGCAGCUCAAUCACUGGUAUCGCUACCAUUGGCAUCAGGUUCUUGUGGGUGAGAGUCUUCCAAAUCAAAAAGGGAAGAACAUCACCCCAAGCACUACUCAUCGCAACAGUGAUGCUCGCGUUGAUUAUCCUGGCUAUCAAUUAUGCUAUUGCCAUGAUUGUCGCCCCUCAGUACGCCAUCUACGGCACGCAAACCUUUUGCGUCAACGCACCUCGCCACCCAGGAGAACAACCCGACUGCCGUGAACACAGGGACAUGGUCAGGCCUUGCUCAGAAGUCUUUUCCGAGCCAGCAGCGAAAGAUGUCUGCACGCCCACGGUGAUGAGCACCUUCCUCAACAGAGUGACGAUCAACUGGCCCGUGUUUGGGGCGAUUGACUUCUGGGCGCAGUUUGCCUUUUUGGGCGUGUUUAUGGUGGUGUUUGUGACGAGUUUGUUCAGGACGCCGAGGUUGAAUUUGAGCGAGUUGGAUGAGGAGGCCGAGGUGGAUGAGGAGGAGGGCCUGUUGGCCAGCACGGGGAGGAGGUUUGGUGCUACUUGGGGGGAUAUCACUGGAAGGGCGAAGAACAGGAAUGGGUAUGGGACUGGGGGUGGGGAGGGGUCGAAUGGGAGGGGUUGA